GGCGGCCCGGAACGAUCCGAGGAGGCGCUGCGCGGCCGCCAUUUUCCUGCGGCGCCCAGUGUGCGUGUGUCCCCCGACCCCGGCCGAGCGGAAGGAGCGAAGGGCGGGGGCGGGGGGUAGGAGGAGGGGGCGCUGCCCGGGUGACAGGGCCGUCCCCGGGGGCGGAGCCCAGCGCAGCUGCCCGCGGCGGGACAGAGCGACGUGUCCGAGCGGCUCCGUCCCGCUUUCCCGUCCUAGCCCGGCGCCGCGCGGCUCCGCAGCACCAUGUCCGGCCAGAGCCUCACCGACCGCAUCACGGCGGCGCAGCACAGCGUGACCGGCUCGGCCGUCUCCAAGACCGUCUGCAAAGCCACGACCCACGAGGUCAUGGGCCCCAAAAAGAAGCACCUGGACUACUUAAUCCAGUGCACAAAUGAGAUGAAUGUGAACAUACCCCAGUUGGCGGACAGCUUGUUUGAAAGAACUACCAACAGUAGCUGGGUGGUGGUCUUUAAGUCUCUCAUAACAACUCACCAUCUAAUGGUGUAUGGAAAUGAGCGUUUUAUCCAGUAUCUAGCUUCCAGAAACACACUGUUUAAUUUGAGCAAUUUCCUAGACAAAAGUGGAUUGCAAGGAUAUGACAUGUCCACAUUUAUCAGACGGUAUAGUAGGUAUCUGAAUGAAAAAGCAGUUUCUUACAGACAAGUGGCUUUUGACUUCACCAAAGUAAAAAGAGGGGCUGAUGGAGUCAUGAGGACAAUGAACACAGAAAAACUCCUUAAAACUGUACCAAUUAUACAAAAUCAGAUGGAUGCACUUCUUGACUUCAAUGUCAAUAGCAAUGAGCUUACAAAUGGUGUAAUAAAUGCUGCCUUCAUGCUCCUCUUCAAAGAUGCCAUUAGACUCUUUGCAGCAUAUAAUGAAGGAAUUAUUAACCUUCUGGAAAAAUACUUCGACAUGAAAAAAAACCAGUGCAAAGAAGGCCUUGACAUAUAUAAGAAGUUUCUCACUAGAAUGACAAGGAUCUCAGAGUUCCUCAAAGUUGCAGAGCAAGUUGGAAUUGACAGAGGAGACAUACCAGAUCUUUCUCAGGCACCAAGCAGUCUUCUUGAUGCUUUGGAACAACAUUUAGCCUCUUUAGAAGGAAAGAAAAUCAAAGACUCCACAGCUGCAAGCAGGGCUACCACACUUUCCAAUGCAGUCUCUUCCCUUGCAAGCACUGGCCUGUCUCUCACUAAAGUGGAUGAAAGGGAAAAACAAGCUGCAUUAGAGGAAGAGCAAGCUCGUUUAAAAGCUUUAAAGGAACAACGUCUAAAAGAACUUGCAAAGAAACCUCAUACCUCUUUAACAACAGCAGCCUCUCCUGUGUCUACUGCAGCGGGAAGCAUAAUGACCACCCCAGCCAUUGAUAUUUUUUCCACCCCCAGCUCUUCGAACAGCACAUCAAAGCUGCCAAAUGAUCUACUUGAUUUGCAGCCAACCUUUCAUCCAUCUGUACAUCCUAUAUCCACUGGGCCACAAGUAGGAGGUACAUGGGGAGAUCCUUUCUCUGCUACUGCUGAUGCUGUUGAUGAUACCAUUCCAAGCCUAAAUCCUUUCCUCAACAAAACUAAUGAUGCUGUUCAUCUGUCUGUUGUAUCUUCUGAUGUAUCUACUUUCACCUCUAGAACACCCACCCAUGAAAUAUUUGUUGAUUCAUUUUGUGACCCUCAAGCUUAUCCUAAUGCUUCCCAUUUCCGCAAUGAGCCCUCUACUGUAGCUGGUCUAUUUGGAGGGUUCACUGCUUCUCCUGUUGCUCAACCACAGCCCGUGGCUGGCCUUAAUGUUGACUUUGAGUCUGUGUUUGGAAACAAAUCUUCUAAUGUCGUCGUAGAUUCUGGUGGCUUUGAUGAAUUAGGUGGACUCCUAAAACCAACAGUGACCUCUCAAAACCAGAAUCUUCUCGUUGCCAAGCUGCCACCUAACAAGUUAGUAUCAGAUGAUCUGGAUUCAUCCUUAGCCAACCUCGUAGGCAAUUUGGGCAUUGGAAAUGGAACUACUAAAAAUGAUGUCAAUUGGACUCAGCCAGGCGAAAAGAAGUUAACUGGUGGUUCUAACUGGCAGCCCAAGGUUGCACCCACAACUGCAUGGAAUGCUCCAACAAUUAAUGGCAUGCAUUUUCCACAAUACGCACCACCUGUAAUGGCCUAUCCUGCUACAACACCAACAGGAAUGAUGGGAUAUGGAAUGCCAGCACAGAUGGGAGGUGUACCAGUAAUGACACAACCAACUUUAAUAUACAGCCAACCUAUCAUGAGACCACCAAACCCUUUUGGCCCCGUUUCAGGAGCACAGCUGUCUGCAGCAUCCAGCCCUUCCAGUCAGAGUCCUCACAGAGCCUCAGGAAAGGAUCCCUUUGCAGAACUCUCUCUCCAGGAUUUCUUGUAAAACAACUUAGAUACAGUUUAUGUAAUCAUGCCAGAUGGCAGAGAAAGGAACAGCUCCAAAAACACACGUGCUCAACAGCAAACCCUUACUUCCAGCAAAAUCCAAAUUGCUGUAUUUUAACUCCUCCUCCUUUAAAAUGAUGCAGGAAAAUCAUGAAGGCCCACAGGAAACUGGGACAACUCUUUAGGAAAGUGUCAAUACAUGAUAUAAAGCCAAGAAUUCCCCGGAUUUAAGAUGUUCUUUUCUGGUGACUAACGCGUCAGUACUUUCAGCUCCUAUUAAUAUCCAUAAUCAGUAACAUAUAAAGAGAAACACUUAUUCUGAAAUUGUAAGAUUUGUAUUUGGAAAUGCUGUGGGGAAUGAAGAUGAGUGUCCUUUACCAUAACUCAAAACAAGAUUUUCUUUGGGGGAUCAGAUCCUAACUGUUACUUCUGCAGUUAUCUUUUCUUCAGUCCUCACAAAUGUAGACACAGCAAUGAAAAUUAACUUUUCUUUUUAAAAAAAUUAUAUAUUCAGUUUGCAGUAGACAUUCCUUAUGUAUUGUUUGUAUUUAUUUAUGAUUAUCAAUUUAAGUAACAUUAAUAUUGUAUCAAACUCCUUAUGAAAAUGAGUAUGGAUGUAUACAGUAUGUCUGAUUUUUUUAUCCACAAGAAUGAUUUUGAUUCAGAAUGCUUUUCAGCUGACAUAUAGAGCACUAACUUUUAAAGGCCUGAAUCUUAUGAAUUCUCAGUCUGUAUGGGAAUUAGGAAAGUUAUAAAAUGCAUUAAUCCUUUAUAGUCAAUUCUGUGCCUAGGAUUUUGCAAGGGAACAGUUAACUGACACGGAGAAGCACUACAUUUUUAAUUCAGCAUUAGUGCAUUGGGAAGGAACUCUACUGCUUUGUGCUUGGCAUGUCAUUAUUUUACAUUUGACAUAAGGCCUUUCCAGAAUGAAUGUGAGGAAUUGCUUUCACUUUAAGACUUUCCUUUUCUUUAAAAACUCUAGGAGGUAUUAUGUCAAAAAAGCCUUGAUUUUCAUUUGGCUAGUGCCAUGUUUAUGAUCAUGUAUCUUUAAAAAAAUAAUAAGGGAAGUAGCAUCUUUACAAAUGACUAGCAAGAGUUUAGUUAAUGAAGAAUUAAAGCAGCACUGUUGAUCGGUGCUCUGCGUAAAUACAUCAUAACUUUUGGGUCGAAAGGGGCCUUCAGAAGGAUAGUCCAUGAUAUGAAAGCAAUUCUGUACAUGAAUUAAGCAUACUUGCUGCAUUGUCUCUGCAGAUUCUAUUUUUGUUUAAAAUAUUAAAAUGUAUGUUAGCAAAAAUGGGUGGAUUUUCAAAUAAAAUGCAGCUUCCACAGAACUUUUGUUACAGUA